CAUAUUCAUCUAGAUCUAAGCAGAGGGCAACCCAGAGAAUGGGACUUCAGAGGCUACAGCCAUGGCAGCUCCACCCUUUCCUCGGAAACACCCUGUUCUACAAUUCUUCCAUGGACAGAGUGUAUUUGGAUGAGAACGGGGAGCUGGCUGCCGACUUGGACAUUGUGAACUGGGUGGUGUUUCCCAAUAAUUCCGUCCUCAGAGUCAGGUUUGGGAGUAUCGACAGACAGGGAACCCUACACCUGAAGUACUCCAUCGACCAGGAGGUCAUUGUGUGGCCUGAGUGGCUCAAUCAGACCCUUCCUACUUCCAGGUGUGUGGAAAGCUGUCGCCCUGGAUCCGUCAAGGUGAUUCAGGAAGGGAAGCCUCUUUGCUGUUAUGAGUGUCUUCCCUGUGCAGAAGGGACCAUCUCCACUCAGGAAGAUGCAGACCAUUGCAAAAAAUGCCCAGAUAAUCAGCAUCCAAACAAGGACCGAGAUCAAUGUGUGUUCAAGAUUAUCACCUUCCUAGCCUAUGAAGAAUAUCUGGGGGUUGUCCUAAUUUCCCUUGCCCUACUGGGGUCCUUAACAGCAAGCUUUGUUUUACGAAUCUUCAUUAAAUACAACGAAACUCCCAUAGUCAAAGCCAACAACCGGGACCUCUCCUACAUCCUCCUUGUCUCCCUCCUGCUUUCCUUUUUGUCCUCCUUCCUGUUCAUUGGGAGGCCAAGGAAAGGGACCUGCCUUAUCCGACAAACGGCCUUCAGCAUCAUCUUCUCUGUUGCUGUUUCUUGUGUGUUGGCAAAAACCAUCACUGUGGUUCUGGCCUUCAUGGCCACCAAGCCAGGGAACACAGUAAGGAGAUGGCUGGGGAAGAGUCUGGCCAACUCCAUUGUCAUUUCCUGUUCCUGUGUCCAAGUUGUCAUCUGCAUGAUGUGGCUGGGGAUCUCGCCACCAUUCCCAGACUCUGACAUGCACUCCCAGCCUGGAGAGAUCAUCCUGCAGUGCAAUGAAGGGUCUCUUGCCAUGUUUUAUUCUGCCCUCGGUUACAUGGGCUUCCUGGCUGCCAUCUGUUUCACGGUGGCUUUCCUGGCCAGGAAGCUUCCAGGAUCCUUCAAUGAAGCCAAGCUGAUCACCUUCAGCAUGCUGGUCUUCUGCAGUGUCUGGGUCUCCUUUGUGCCCACCUACCUGAGCACCAAGGGGAAAUACAUGGUAGCCGUGCAGGUCUUCUCCAUCUUGGCCUCCAGUGCUGGGCUCCUGGGCUGCAUCUUUAUUCCCAAAUGCUACAUUAUUGUGCUGAGAUCUGAUCUGAACACAAAGGAGAACCUGACAGCAAAAACUAAAGAUAGCACCUGA